AUGAAAAUUGCCCUUGCUCUGCUUUUCGUUGCGGUAACGGCAGUUCACAGCUCUAGACACUCCUGGGCAGCUCCUUUACCACCGUACCUCAGGAAUGUUGAUGAAAAGGCAAAAGAGCAGUUGCUCAAUCUAAUUACCAACAUCAAACUGGGCUCAGGCGCUAAGAAGAGGCUAAUUGAAAAAUGGGCACAAAAACACGGAAUUUUGGAGGAAGUGAAGCGUUUCAUCGCCGAAAUGGAAAAGAAUGCGAGGAAGGCUAGGACGGCUUUCACCAUGCUCAUCGACGAAGUAAUACCGAUUGCUCUGAAAAACUACACAACUGUUGUGGACAAUGAAAAUCAAACUAUAGAGGAGAUGAUCCAGAAAAUGCAAGCGAUGGAAGCUGAACACCCAGAGGUCGGGGAAGAAAGUACUGAGGAGAGCUCGACUCGACCUUCUUCACGUUCUUAG